UCCGGGAAUCAGGUGACGACUACUAGCCAAUCAGAGGCAGAGUUCCCGGAAAAAACGGGUGCGAAAGAAAUUCACGCCUCUGGGAGCAGUUUGUGUGCGGAAAGACGUUUGUGGGUCGUUUCCCGUAAACAAUUUAGGCGCUGUAAGCUAGCUUUGAUGCUCACAACAACGCGGGUCACCGCCCCAAGCAUUAUGGCGUCCUCCGUGUGGCGAGGGGUUUAAAUCUAAAGUUCACGCCGAACUGCGGAACAAAUGAAGAAGCAAAAAAUAGGAUAUUCCGAUCUCUUCGCGGGACUGCCUGCCGAAGAUGUCGCCCGCCCCUGCGGACCGGCGCCUCCAGACAGCGACUUGUCUGCGCGUGAGCAGAACGCCAAACGCACGUGUGCCAGAAAGAGGCAACUUAGCGAGGAGCUGAACGCCAAACGCAAGCAGCAGAAUACAAAAACAAAAAAAGGGAACGCAUCCCACAUACAUCCUUCUAAGCCCAGAGACUAUCGUGUGGUGAAACAUGAGUGUGGGCAAACGAGUGUUGACUUCACCAAAGAGCUGGACCUUUGCCGCUACGAUGGUAAAGUUGAUCAGAAUGAUAUGGAUCACAAAGGCCAGCAUCACCCAACUAAAAAUAACCAGAAGAAGCAUAGGCAGAGCAACAGAUGGGGGCCUACCAAUAGAACGGGGUGCCAUCGAGCGAACCGUAGAAGUGGAACUUCAAUCAAGGGCAGAGGAAGUGGAACUUCAAACAAAGGCAGAGGACGCCGUAGCCUAGGCUGUGCUAUUCGGGGUGGAGAUUUACGAGGAAAAGCUGAUCAGUUCAAGAAUGCCCCAGUGGAACAGAGGAGGGUCAUGACACAAGAGUUCAAAGACCAGAAUGCAUUGGAAGUGGAUGGGCGGUUAAUCUGUCGACAUUUCCUUUGGGGUAAAUGCAUCAAGGGUGAUGAAUGCCAACUGGAGCAUGCUCAGGGUUACAACAACCUCUUUAAAGAAGUUUGCAAAUUUUAUGUGCAAGGAUUCUGCACUAAAGGAGAGAGCUGCCCAUACAUGCACGAUUCCUUCCCCUGCAAGUUUUUCCACAAAUGGGGGACGUGUUCUCAGGGUCCAGCGUGUAGGUUUUCCCAUACACCACUCACCGACCUUACCAAGCAGCUGCUGGAUGAGGUAUUAAAAAAGGAUUAUGAACUUAGUGUGCAAAAUCGUGGUUCAGGGGAGCCAGAGAACACAGAAGAGAACAUGACUCCUGAUGACACAAAGCCUGACAUAUGUCUGCAUCCCAUCAGGCCUAAUUUUUACAACAGUUCAUGCCCAACAGAGCCACUGGCUGAGACGGAGGCCUUGAUGGGGCAGACUACCGGCCUGGCUAAUGUUGCUGAGGAUGCUAUCUCACCACCGUGUAUCACAGCUGCAACUCAUCCCCCCAACCUUCUCUCACAUUCUCCCAGCUGUAAGGAGCUAGUUUCUUAUUCAGUUGAAGCUGUGCUUGGAUCUCAAAAAUCCCAAAAUUUCCCCAGUCUUUUUGCAGUGCCUCGAGGCCAGGAUUCUGGUGCUUGUUCUUCCCCACAGACUUUCGGUGAUUGCGCUCCAAGCUCUGGAUACCAAAAUGAAGCUCCUCACCCCUCAGGUGGACGUAUUCCACUAAUGAAACGACCUUUCCACAGUCUUUUUGCAAACCCAGUUACUGACAACCCUAAACAGCAGUUUCCUUUGAGGACUACAUCAGAAUUGGCUAAAACUACCCCUCAUCUCAACGAGUCUACUCCUACAGACCGCUUUAGUACAACUACUUUUGGCAAAACAGCUACAACUGAGCGUAGGGAGACCACUGAAAGACCUUCCCUCUGUCUUUCGGUCGGUCCUGUUAUUAAGACUACUCCAUUACCUCCAGUGAAAGCCGAGCCAGUCCCCUCAGAGAUGCCAUCCAUUCAGCCAGCUGUUUGUACAUCAUAUUCACAACACGGAACGCAAAUGGCUUCUACGUCAAAAAGACCUUUCCAGGACUUGUUUGCAGGUCUCAUUAGUAAUGAUCUCCUCCAAACUCUUACUCCACCAAAGUCCCCAGACUCCCUUCCUAGAUGUGAAAGGAAAAAGAGCGAAAAAUCAAAUGUAGCUGUACAUAUAAAUAAAUGCCCAAAGAAGGUGGCCAAACCUACUUGUAGAAAUGUCUCAAAUUCUUUCAGUGAGAUGUCAACCGAUUCAGUUUACAUCAAUGCCAAUUUAGAAACCUCCAGAGCCCAAGCUCAACAGCAGCUACCAGAUGGUUCAUCCCAAAAUGCCUCAUCUAAAUCAACAGCUGCCGAUUUCAAGACCUUGUUUCUGCAGUUGAGCCCAUACUGCCAGGAUGGAGAGAGAGGGGACAAAACCCAGAGCAAAUCCUCAUUAGGAAGUAAAAAUGGGGAACAGAAGAGCACCGGGUCAGUCUCCACUAAACAACUGAAGAGAGGAGAAGAAAAAGGACGAAACGGGGAAAUGAAGGCAGUGGAGUUAAAGGAGACGGGUCUGGGGGACGAGCCAGUUGAAAAUCUGUUGAAUCAUCGCCACCAACUCCAAAGUUCCCACAUACUGUCUGCAGUGAAGACUGCUGAAGCACUGAAUCGCCUGACCCAUAACUCCCUGGAGGCAGAAGGUGGGUCUACGUCCAUGAGUAUGUGUGUGAAACACAUACCUGUCAGAUGCCCUGGCAUGCACAGGCUGCCAGUCAGACCAGUGGCAUCUAAGGCACAACCUCAGGCUAGAACGGCGCCGGAGCAAAAAUGUAGAAAAAAGGAGCAGAGAACUGGCAACACGGGUGGAACAGGUCUGAAGAAGCUUUUUAUGACUUUAGACCCCACUGCAUCCCCCUUCGGAAAAUAACGUUGGAACCACAGAUAAUCAUCUGGAUUUAUUUUUUUUUUUGUGGAUUUUUUCCCCUCCUUUUUCUCCCCAUUAUAUCCAGCCAAUUAAUUACCCCACUCUUCUGAGCCUUCCCGGUCGCUGCUCCACCCCCUCUUUUGAUCCGGGGGAGGGCUGCAGACUACCACAUGCCUCCUCCGAUACAUGUGGCGUCGUCAGCCGCUUCUUUUCACCUGACAGUGAGGAGUUUCACCAGGGGGACGUAGCGCAUUGGAGGAUCACGCUAUUCCCCCCAGUCCCCCCCCCCUCACAACAGGCGCCCAGACCGACCAGAGGAGGCGCUAGUGCAGCGAUCAGGACACAUACCCACUUUCGGCUUCCCACCCGCAGACACGGCCAAUUGUGUCUGUAGGGACGCCCAACCAAGCCGGAGGUAACACGGGGAUUCAAACCGGGAUCCCCAUGUUGGCCAUCAACAGAAUAGACCGCCACGCUACCCAGACACCCUGGAUUGACUAUAUAUGAGAGAGAGAAAACAAUUUUGCUUAACGCCAUUGCUUGAGCUGUGAAAUAUGUGACUCCUUUUUGAUUCAAGUGUUGUGGAAACCUUUUGCUGCUCUUGUAAUUUUUUUUUCCAAUUUGCUCCGUCAGCUUGUUUUAUGAUAAAUAACGCUAGGUUAUAAUUAGUUUCUUUGAUAGGUUUCUUUAUUUUCCUCGAUGGUUUCCACAAAAGAUUGGAUUGAAUUAUAUCUUGCAGUCACUGACUAUGUACAUUUCAGUCCCGCUGGCUUAACUGUAUUAACGAAUUAUUUGAACUUGUAAAAGUAUUUUUUCUAAUGGUUUUGUAAUGCAGUUUUUUAUUGGCUAUACAAAUUAUUUCCGAUGUUGUGCUGAAGAAGUUUUUAAAGGGUGCUGAAUCGUUGAAAAAUGUCUGAUCCUGGGUUUUGAUUUUUUGUUUUCCCCAAGUUAAUUUAGUAAGUUGUUUAUUUUUAAAAAAUAUUUGCUAGUGGUGAUGUAUUCAGUUGAUUUGGUGAAGUUGGAUUUAAAGGGGAAAAAAAUCCAAACAUGGAAUUUUUAAGGCAUUCGGUGCCAGAAUACGUUGUUUGGAAAGUGGCGAGACGGUCCUUUUGGAAGAGAAAAACAAAAGGGCUAAUUUAGACAUCGCACAGGUUGGUUCAUUCAUGUAACGUUUUAUUUCAUAAUGUUUACGGUGAAAUAAGCAUUUAAUGGCAUUUGCCACUGUGAUUUAAAUGGACUUUAUGAACCCAAACCAAAUUCCAGCUUGAGGAAAUGAAUAAAAACAACUGAUUUUUAAAAUGGUAAUC